AUGAAGCUUAUCAUCGCUGGUGCCACCGGAUUUGUAGGUAAGGAGCUCCUUAGCCAAGGCCUCUGCAAUCCCCAGGUCAGCUCCAUCAUUGCGAUUUCACGAGGGCCGGUGUCUGCUCCAGACGGGGCGAAUCAAUUCAAGCUUAAGAGUGUCGUCGUUAAAGACUAUGGCACCUACACUACGGGGGAUAGAAAGGAAUUCACGGAUGCAGCUGCAUGUAUUUGGACCGUUGGAGUCAUCCCUAUGAAGUCUCCGAAUAUGGCCUUCGAAGAGGUACGGAAAAUUUGUCUCGACGACACUAUAGGUAGCCUCAAUGUGAUGGUCGACUCCAAUCCAAUGAAGCCUUUCCGCUUCCUGUACAUGAGUGGCGCUGAUUCGGAGAGGGACCAGACCAAAGUGCCAAAGUUCAUGCCAGAGUACUUCUUAAUGCGGGCAUGUGCUACAUGA